UAUAUAUUGCAAGGCACCCAAGUGUUAGUAGGUCCAGUGUGUACAGAGUUUCCAUCAAUAAUGCGUGUGUUAUUAGUUGUUCUGAUGGCUCUGGCGGCGGUGGCCAUGGCCACCCCGGGCCACAAGGGAGGUGGCGGGGGCCGUGGAUAUGGUCGUGUGCACUAUGUCUAUGUUCCUGUACAUGUUCCUGUUCAUCACCACCAAACUGUUCACUACGUUGGUGGAUAUGGUGGAGGACACGGAGGUGGAUAUGGAGGAGGACAUGGUGGUGGAUAUGGUGGAGGACACGGAGGUGGAUAUGGAGGAGGACAUGGUGGUGGAUAUGGUGGAGGACACGGAGGUGGAUAUGGAGGAGGACACGGUGGUGGAUAUGGUGGAGGACACGGAGGCGGAUACGGAGGUAAGAUAUUUACAUUCAAUUUUUAUAUUUUAGUCUCUAAGCAAAGCAAAACACCAUCAUCAUUUAAUUUAGAUCUCAACUCAGUAUGUGCUCAUUGAGAAACCUAAACCCGUAUGGGGUUACAGAGCUCGGGGAAAUGAGAGGUACUCAGU